CUCAGGCAGCGCGCGGGUCCUGACAGGGGGCGGGGCACGGCAGCCCGGAAGAGACGCCGCGCCGCACAUACCCCUUCCUUUCCAGCUCCGGCCCCUAACGCAGCAGCCGUCGCGAUGUUGAUGCCCAAGAAGAACCGGAUUGCCAUUUAUGAACUCCUUUUUAAGGAGGGAGUGAUGGUGGCCAAGAAGGACGUCCACAUGCCUAAGCACCCGGAGCUGGCAGACAAGAAUGUGCCCAAUCUUCAUGUCAUGAAGGCCAUGCAGUCUCUCAAAUCACGAGGCUACGUGAAGGAACAGUUUGCCUGGAGACAUUUCUACUGGUACCUAACCAACGAGGGUAUCCAGUAUCUCCGGGAUUACCUCCAUCUGCCCCCUGAAAUCGUGCCUGCCACCCUGCGCCGCAGUCGUCCUGAGACUGGCAGGCCGCGGCCCAAAGGUCUGGAAGGAGAGCGACCUGCAAGACUCACAAGAGGGGAAGCCGACAGAGACACCUACAGACGAAGCGCUGUGCCCUCUGGUGCCGACAAGAAAGCCGAGGCUGGGGCUGGGUCAGCAACCGAAUUCCAGUUUAGAGGCGGAUUUGGUCGCGGACGUGGUCAGCCACCUCAGUAAAGUUUGGAAGAGAUUGUUUGUGUUGAAUAAAUGUGUAGCCAGAA